UGGCAGUCCGGGACCGCACAGCGGCCAAGUCAGCGGCGGACCAUCUCUAGGGACUAAGAUGGAUCUUGUACUCAAUGCUGCAGAUUAUUAUUUUUUUACACCAUACAUAUAUCCAGCUACACGGCCAGAGGAUGAUACCUUCCGACAAACUAUUAGUCUCCUGAUUGUGACAAAUCUUGGUGCUUAUAUCCUACAUUUCUUCUUUGCAACACUGAACUAUUAUUUUGUCUUUGAUCACUCUUUAACGAAACAUCCACAAUUUUUAAAGAAUCAAGUCUAUCGAGAGAUUACAUAUACUAUCCAGUCACUGCCAUGGAUGAGUAUUCCUACUGUCUCAUUGUUCCUGCUAGAGUUGAAAGGUUACAGCAAAUUAUAUGAUGGCAUAGAGUUUCCAGGUGGCUGGUUCCACCUCAUUGUCAGUAUGCUGUCCUUCCUCUUUUUCACUGACAUGCUGAUCUACUGGAUUCACAGAGGCCUUCAUCAUAAACUUGUUUAUAAGUGCAUACACAAACCUCAUCAUCUCUGGAAGAUCCCUACUCCAUUUGCAAGUCAUGCUUUUCACCCUGUGGAUGGCUUCCUUCAGAGCCUGCCUUACCACAUAUAUCCCUUUAUCUUUCCAUUACACAAGGGGGUUUACUUAGGUUUGUACGUCUUGGUCAACAUCUGGACAAUUUCCAUUCAUGACGGUGUUUUUCAUGUUCCUCAAAUCUUAAGGCCAUUUAUUAAUGGCUCAGCUCAUCACACAGACCACCACAUGUUCUUUGACUAUAACUAUGGGCAGUAUUUCACAUUGUGGGAUAGAAUUGGAGGCUCAUUCAAAAAUCCUUCCUCCUUUGAAGUGAAGGGACCACUUAGUUAUGUGAAGAAGAUGACAGAAGAAGAAUGCAACAGCCUUGCAGAAAACAGUUGUAAAAAUGAAAAGUUUCUCAAUGGAGAGUUUACAAAGAGUGAGUAGAUUAUUGACCAGUUAUUCAAUAUUAUUAAUAAGGAAAAAUAAUCUGUAUACAUUCAGCCAAGAGACAUAGCAAGUAAGUGGUGUCACUUGAAAAUCAGCAUUGUGGGUACUGCUGAGGAAUGAUCAUGAUGGCAGAUCAAGGGGUGCUGCUGCACACCUUAACCCCAUGCCUAAAAUACUAGGUUUUGGUCUAAGGAACAAACUGUGUCUUUCUAGCCAGCAGAUCUGUAAUUUGUAUCACCUCAACAAUAAUUUUUGCAAAGAUAGAGAAUAAAUUAUUGAGAGGACUACAAGAGGUUAUGUCCUUCUGCCUUAAUCCACCCAUAUUCAUUAAGAAAAAUUCAUUGGGCUUAAUAAUACCAACACUAAAUCACUGUAACAAAGAAAUACUAAUAUAAAGUUGGCUCCUUGUUUCAGGAAUGCUGAACUCUUUAAGUGUCGGUAUGAUAUGACAAUUUGUGGUAACCUUGUUCAAGUGGAAACAUCAGUGUAAAAAUAAUUCUGAAGAACAUAUUAGAUAAACAAAUGACCUAAUCAAUAGCAGAUGUAAUCAUAUUAUCUUCUACACAUAAGAAGCUUAUUCCUUGGGGACAUUGUCAAAUACUACAUUUUUCUGAUGAAUAAAUACAUUUGAAUUUUAAAAACUAUUGAUACUACCAUGAUUUAACCCAGAUCUAGUAUUAUUUAAAGAUUUUGAUGGUUAUUGUUUUAAGCUGUUAUUUAAUAAGUAUAGAGUUAUGUGAAUCUGAAUAUACUUAGGGAAAUUUGAUGCCCAAGUAAUAUAUUUGACACUACUGAUUUUUUAAUUAAAUUGGUGCACUGCACUUUCAAUAUGUUUAAAAGUUACAAUCUUAUAAUUUUCUAUAAAAGGAAAUAACUACCAAAUAUUUAAGCUUAUCACUGAGGAUUAGUUUUGAAACCUCAUUUUCCCAUCUCUCCUUUGACUUUUCCCCACUUCCUCUGCAAAGAGAUUUAACAGAUGCUCUCAUAAAGAAAUGUUGGGUGUUGUAACAGCUAUAUUGGAAAGAUAAGGUUUGCAAAGGCAUUCUAUAAGCUAUUUAUGUGAAAUCAAUAAAAGUUGAUUAUUGCUAUUAAAAAAAA